AGCGAUGAAACACGUGCAUGUAAACGCGGAACAAGAAACAAUAAAAGCCACACUUUGAAGCUAUAAACACUGUGACCCGAUCAAACACUAUUUCACACUCUCCCACCUUUUCAUCUUCCUCUGUUCUGUCUUACAUCAUAUUUGAUCCUUGUGUAAUUUAGCUGAAUUUCAAGAUAUAAAAAAUGGGUAGCCCAGAGAAGAAAGUGAAUAGUGGAUUCUUGUCAGCUAUGAGCUCUAGUUUCUCAAGAUUGGGGAUUGCUAUGGGGAGAUCUGUUAAUGGGUUACUUGGAUAUGAAGGGGUGGAGGUUAUAAAUCCAGAAGGUGGCAAAGAAGAUGCAGAAGAGGAAGCCCGUAGAGGAAGAUGGAAGGACGAGGAACGUGACAGUUAUUGGAAGAUGAUGCAAAACUAUAUUGGAUCUGAUAUAACAUCGAUGGUCACUCUUCCUGUCAUGAUAUUUGAGCCAAUGACCAUGCUUCAGAAAAUGGCAGAGUUGAUGGAAUACUCUCAUCUCUUAGACCAAGCAGAUGAAUGUGAAGAUCCAUACAUGCGAUUGGUUUAUGCAUCAUCAUGGGCGAUUUCUGUAUACUUUGCUUACCAACGCACCUGGAAGCCCUUUAAUCCUAUUCUUGGAGAGACUUAUGAAAUGGUCAAUCACAAUGACAUUACAUUCAUUGCUGAGCAGGUGUGUCAUCAUCCUCCAAUGAGCGCAGGCCAUGCUGAAAAUAAGCAUUUUACAUAUGAUAUAACAUCGAAAUUAAAGACAAAGCUGUUAGGGAAUUCUGUGGAUGUGUAUCCCCUUGGAAGGACGCGUGUAUCACUUAAAAGAGAUGGUGUAAUUCUUGAUUUAGUUCCACCUCCUACUAAAGUUAACAAUCUGAUAUUUGGACGAACAUGGAUAGAUUCACCAGGAGAGAUGGUAAUGACAAAUAUGACUACUGGAGACAAAGUUGUGCUCUAUUUUCAACCUUGUGGCUGGUUUGGUGCUGGUCGAUAUGAAGUUGAUGGUUAUGUAUAUAAUGCUGCCGAAGAACCUAAGAUACUAAUGACUGGUAAAUAUAAUGAAUCCAUGAGUUAUCAACCAUGUGAUAUGGAAGGGGAACCACUUCCAGAAACAGAACUAAAAGAGGUCUGGAGAGUAGCAGACGUCCCUACUGAAGACAAAUUCGGCUAUACAUACUUUGCACAUAAAAUGAAUAGCUUCGAAACAGCCCCUAAAAGGUUUUUGGCUUCAGAUUCCCGCAUACGUCCUGAUAGAUAUGCCCUUGAAAAGGGUGAUCUUUCUAAAGCUGGUGCAGAAAAGAGCAGUUUAGAGGAGAAGCAGAGGGCUGAAAAAAGGAUGAGAGAAGCAAAAGGCGAGAAGUUUAGGACAAGAUGGUUUGAUCAAACUGAUGAAUUAGCGCAAACACCUUGGGGAGACUUGGAAGUGUAUCAGUAUAAUGGUAAAUACACUGAACAUCGAGCAGCUGUAGAUAGUUCGGAUAGCCAUGUUCCUGAGGAUGUCACAUCAAUAGAGUUCAACCCAUGGCAGUAUGGAAAUUUGGCUAAAGAAUGACAUUGACAUAUCCCAGGGUGUGAUUAGAUACUUUAUGCUUGAUGUUUUUUAUGAAAUUUUCUUUGUAGCACCUACUAAUUGUACAUACUUAGAGUAAUGUGUUCUGUUACCCCAGUGGCCCAGUUAAAAUAGGAAAUUAACAGUGAUAGUGUUGCAGCCCAGUUUUUGGUCUCAAUUAAUGUGGUUAGACUUAUUCUUUUA